UACCAAGUGGAGAGUAGAUACAAUUAUUAUUAUUAUUUAUUAUUAAGGGAAUAAAAAUUAGACAUAGCAACUCAGAAAGUCAGUCAGCAGAGUCAAUACUCGUUUAUUUAAACUAUGAUUUCGUAGAAGGCAAUUGAUCAGUUUGGGUGAAUUGGUAGAGAAAGUUUCUUGAGAGGGAAAAAAAAGAAAAAAAAGAGCUCUUUGAACAUCAUCUGAUCUUGUCUGCAAUUACAACUUCCAACUUCAUGGCGGCACUAGAUUCGGCUUCCUCCUCCUCCUCCUCUGUUGCCUCCACAGUUGGAUCUUCCAGUUACAAUGUGUUUCUCAGCUUCAGGGGUGAAGAUACUCGCUAUAACUUCAUUUGUUUCCUUCACAAAGCUUUGAAAGAUGCAGGAAUCGAUGUCUUUCUUGAUAAUGAAAACUUGUGGACUGGAGAAGCAAUUGGCCCAACCCUCCUUAGAGCGAUAGAGGGGUCAAAAAUCUCGAUCCCUGUCUUCUCUAAAGGUUAUGCAGAUAGCAAAUGGUGCUUGCAGGAACUUGCCCAUAUAUUUCAAUGCUACAAAUCCAAUGGUCAAAUUGUCUUGCCCAUAUUCUUUCACGUUGACCCAUCACAUGUUCGGAACCAGACCGGAAGUUUUGAAGAAGCGUUUAGAGAGCACGAGAAGAUUUUCGAGGCCGAUAUAGUAAAGAGUUGGAGGGAAGCUUUGAGAGAGGUCGGGAAUUUGAAAGGAGAAGUUCUCAAAGAAACUAUGAAUCCAGCAGAGUUAGUUGAUUCAAUUGUCAAAAGGACCCUGAGUGAAUUGGUUAGUAGCACGCAUUUGGCUCAGUGUGAGUACCGUAUUGGAUCUUCCAGUUACGAUGUGUUUCUCAGCUUCAGGGGUGAAGAUACUCGCAAUAACUUCAUUUGGUUCCUUCACAAAGCUCUGAAAUAUGCAGGAAUUGAUGUCUUUCUUGAUAAUGAAAACUUGUGGACUGGAGAACCAAUUGGCCCAACCAUCCUUAGAGCGAUAGAGGGGUCAAAAAUCUCGAUACCUGUCUUCUCUAAAGGUUAUGCAAAUAGCAAAUGGUGCUUGCGGGAACUUGCACAGAUAUUUCAGUGCUACAAAUCCAACGGUCAAAUUGCCUUGCCCAUAUUCUAUCACGUUGACCCAUCACAUGUUCGGAACCAGACCGAAAGUUUUGAAGAAGCGUUUAGGAAGCACGAGGAGAUUUUCGAGGCCAAUAUAGUAAUGAGCUGGAGGGAAGCUUUGAGAGAGGUCGGGAAUUUGAAAGGAGAAGUUCUCAAAGAAACUAUGAAUCCAGCAGAGUUAGUUGAUUCAAUUGUCAAAAGGACCCUGAGUGAUUUGGUUUGUAGCACGCAUUUGGCUUCCAGAAUAAAUGAUCUGCUAUCAUUGUUAAAUAUUGGCUCUGAUGAUGCUCUAUUCGUGGGAAUCUGUGGUUUUGGUGGCAUCGGGAAGACAACUAUUGCCAAGGCUGUCUACAAUAGGAUCUUUCCAACCUUCAAUAGGCACAGUUUUCUUUCAGAUGUUAGACAACAAGCAACACAAUGCAAGAGUCUAGUGUCUUUGCAGAAGCAACUUCUUAAAGAUAUUUUCAAAAGGGACCAUGCCAUUGAAGAUUUACAUAGAGGAAAGAAAUUUAUAGAAGAAAGACUUUGUAAAGAAAAAGUUUUUCUUGUUCUUGAUGAUGUGGAUAGUAAAGAACAGAUUGGUGCUUUGGCUGGUGGGCUCAAUUGGUUUGGUCAAGGAAGUCGGGUCAUAAUCACAACGAGAGAUGAAAAUAUUUUGAACAUAGCUAAAGUCAGUAUAGAUAAAAUAUAUAGACCCCCAUUUCUAGAUCAUGAGAAUUCUCUUCAACUAUUUAGUUGCCAUGCCUUUCAAAGCAAACAACCUCCUGAAGAAUAUAUGCAACUCUCACGUGAUGUGGCAAUACAUUCUGAAGGGUUGCCUUUAACUCUAGAGGUGUUUGGGUCUUAUCUGUCAGACCAUAGCGACAAAGAAACAUGGGAAAGUACAUUACAGACUUUGAAAGAAAUUCCUCCUGUAGAAGUCCAGAGAAGGUUGAAGAUAAGCUAUGACAACCUAGAAAAUGAUUAUCAAAAGGCCAUAUUUCUUGAUGCUGCAUGCUUUUUCAUUGGAUGGAAGAAAGAAAUUGUAAUUUCCAUAUGGGAAGCUUGUGGCUAUCAUCCAAAAUCAUCAAUAUGCAGAUUAAUAAAAAGAUCCCUUCUAAAAUUUGAAGAUAGUUGGAAAGGUGAAUACUUGGCAAUGCAUGAUCAUAUUCGAGAUAUGGGAAGAGAAAUUGUCUUAGAAGAAAGCCGUAUGGAGCCGGGAAAACGUAGUAGGUUAUGGUCUGAUGGUGAAAUCAUGGAAGUACUACAAGAACAUAAGGGGACUAAUAUGAUAGAAGGAAUGAGUCUCCGCUAUCACUCAAAGACGCCUAUUGAGGUCACUAGUGAACCUUUUAAGAUGAUGCCUAAUAUAAGAUUUCUUGACAUUAGUUCAACAAACUUUGUGGGAGACCUUUCACAAUUUCCCUCUGCGUUAAGAUGUUUAGAGUGGAAAUACAUACCUACAGAUACUUUACCUACCAAUUUCUAUCAUAAGAGAUUAGUUUAUCUCAACCUAUCGGAUAGCCGUAUUGAACAUGUUUGGAAUAUCAGACCUCAAGAUGAAAAUCAGGGAUUCCAAAAUUUGAAAGUUCUCAAUCUUGGACACUGUGAACAUUUAUCUAAGUCCCCAGACUUUUCAUGGUUUCCUUAUUUGGAGAAAUUAGAUCUUCAACGUUGCACAUCUUUGGAUGGGUUAGAUGAAUCCAUCGGACAGUUAAGUCAGCUCAAAAGUCUUAUUCUUCAUUUGUGCAGUUCAUUCAAGAAGUUGCCCGAGUCCAUUGGUGAUCUAAAAUCUCUAGUCAAGCUUGACUUGACGGAUACACAAAUAGAAGAACUCCCAGACAGCAUUUCCAGGAUGAGCUCUCUCAAAGAGCUUAUUCUCAAUUCGUGCCGUUCAUUCAAGAAGUUGCCCGAGUCCAUUGGUGAUCUAAAAUCUCUAGUCAAGCUUGACUUGACGGAUACACAAAUAGAAGAACUCCCAGACAGCAUUUCCAGGAUGAGCUCUCUCAAAGAGCUUAUUCUCCGUUGGUGCCAUUCAUUCAAGAAGUUGCCCGAGUCCAUUGGUGAUCUAAAAUCUCUAGUCAAGCUUGACUUGAUGGAUACACAAAUAGAAGAACUCCCAGACAGCAUUUCCAGGAUGAGCUCUCUCAAAGAGCUUAUUCUCCGUUGGUGCCAUUCAUUCAAGAAGUUGCCCGAGUCCAUUAGUGAUCUAAAAUCUCUAGUCAAGCUUGACUUGAUGGAUACACAAAUAGAAGAACUCCCAGACAGCAUUUCCAGGAUGAGCUCUCUCAAAGAGCUUAUUCUCGGUUCGUGCCGUUCAUUCAAGAAGUUGCCCGAGUCCAUUGGUGAUCUAAAAUCUCUAGUCAAGCUUGACUUGAUGGAUACACAAAUAGAAGAACUCCCAGACAGCAUUUCCAGGAUGAGCUCUCUCAAAGAGCUUAUUCUCGAUUCAUGCCGUUCAUUCAAGAAGUUGCCCGAGUCCAUUGGUGAUCUAAAAUCUCUAGUCAAGCUUGACUUGGCGGAUUCACAAAUAGAAGAACUCCCAGACAGCAUUUCCAGGAUGAGUUCUCUCAAAGAGCUUAUUCUUCUUUAUUGCGAAUCACUCAAGAAAUUGGGCGAUGGUGUUGGAGUAUUAGAGAAGCUUGAGAAAUUAGAUUUGACAGGUUGUACUGAACUAGUGAAGCUACCAAGAUCAAUGGGAGGAAUGAGAUGUUUAGAUAGCAUUAACCUGAAUAAAAUGAAAAUUACUAAAUUUCCUGAUGAUUUUUCAAUGCCCCCAAAUUUAGUGGAGCUGGAAAUCAAUUCGCUGAGGAGGCUUGAAUCCUUCCAAGUCGAUAUGUCACCCUUGAAAACCUUGAAGAAAUUAAAUAUUCAUGAAUGCGAGAAGUUGGAAUACCUCCCGGAGCUUCCUUCAAGUUUAGUUGAACUUUGUUGUAAAAAUUGUGUUUCAUUGGUACGACUUCCAGAUUUGUCAAAGCUGAAAAAUUUGACAACAGUAAAGCUUAUGAAUUGCGAAAAGCUAGAGGAGAUUCCAGGCCUUGAGGGAAUAGAAUCGUUGGAAGACAUGUAUGUACAAGGCAGUUAUAACUUGACACAUACUCCAAAGAAGAUACAGGGAACGCUUUUACCAUUCAACAGGUCACUGGAACUUUGUUAUAAUUAUUCCUUGACUGCCAAUGAUGGGAUCGAUAAUAAUGGGUUAAUUCUUUGCCUUGUUUUGGAAUUCUCCUGCUCCCUCUACUACGAUCUCACGUUGGAAGAGUUUGAUAAUCUAUCGGACAUAACUAUAGAUGUUUCCGCUUGUAUCCACAAAAAAGAUAAAAAAAUCAGGUGUUUUCAUAGUCUCAGAAUUAAGGAUAUCGAGUAUUCAACUGAGCGAGAUACAAUCUACAUUCACCGUUUCAAAGGCUUUGAUUGGUUUGGGAUUCCGUUGCAAGAAAAAGAUGCCAUUGAGAUUUUAGAUAUCAGUACAUACAACAGCGCCACUGUGAAAUUCUGUAAGGUAUUGUUCAAGAACGGGGAACCUGACCAGAAAAUCCCUAAUUGGAGUGCCUCAAUGGUAGCAGAUUUAUUCAAUUGGCCAUACGUGUAUGACGAUGGUGGAGUAGUGACAUUAAAUUAUUGGCCCCACUUGCAAGAUUUCUUGAGUUGUAUGGGAUUUGACCCUGUUUCUGAAGUAGUGGGGAACGAAGAAGUGAUUCAGAGUCUUCAAGACAACGAUGAUGAGGCAUCAAGUCCUCCUUCUCUAAGACGAGCUUAGCAUGCUGGCCA